ACAAUAAUACUCCUAGUUGCAACUCUCACUACCCCUCUUAUUAGCAAUGCUCCAAAACCCAAUUGACUAAACCUCUCAAAUCUUGUACUACAAUGGAGAACAUAUACGAUUUUUCCACCAUCUCUUCAAUUUCUCAGCCUAAGAAAAAUCUUGGAUUUUCUUGGACUGUGACUAAUUCCGCAACUUCAGUAACAAAUGGGAAAAUUCUCUCUUUGACCAAGUUCAAGAAUUUGAGCACUGUUUCGUCUACCUUGAAGCUGCAGUGUCAAAAAUCAAGACAUGCAUGUGUAGUGAACUCAGUCGCAGGAGCUGAUUCAUCUGUUGAAAUGACAAAAGAGGAAAAUAGGGAGGCUGUGAAACCGGUUUACUCUUCUACACCUUCUAAUCGUCCUCUUCGAACUCCUCAUAGCGGGUACCAUUUUGAUGGAAGUAGCAGAAAAUUCUUUGAAGGUUGGUUCUUUAAGGUAUCAAUUCCAGAAUGCAGACAGAGUUUCUGCUUUAUGUAUUCUGUAGAGAAUCCUGCAUUUCCCAAGAAAUUGAGCAGCUUUGAGGAGUUGCAAUAUGGUCCUCGGUUUACUGGUGUGGGAGCUCAAAUUCUUGGUCCAGAUGACAAGUAUAUUUGUCAAUAUACUCAAGAGUCUUCAAACUUCUGGGGAAGUAGGCAUGAACUGAUGCUUGGGAACACCUUCAUUGCCCAAAAUAGUGCUAGGCCUCCAAAUAGGGAAGUUCCUCCGCAGGAGUUUAAUCGUCGGGUUGUAGAGGGUUUUCAAGUUACCCCACUUUGGCAUCAAGGAAGUAUUUGCAAUGACGGGAGGACAGAUUAUACUGAAAUUGUGAAAACUGCUAGCUGGGAGUAUAGCACGCGACCCAUUUAUGGAUGGGGUGACGUUAAUUCAAAGCAGAAGUCCACAGCAGGAUGGCCUGCUGCUUUUCCUGUAUUUGAACCACAUUGGCAAAUAUGCAUGGCAGCUGGACUUUCAACAGGCUGGAUAGAGUGGGAUGGUCAGCGAUAUGAGUUUCAAAAUGCUCCUUCGUACUCUGAAAAGAAUUGGGGUGGUGCCUUCCCAAGAAAGUGGUUUUGGGUGCAAUGCAGUGUCUUUGAAGGUGCGAUUGGAGAUGUUGCUUUGACAGCUGGUGGUGGAUUAAGGCAGCUUCCUGGAUUGAGUCAGACUUUUGAAAAUGCUGCUUUGAUAGGAAUUCACUAUGGAGGUAUUUUCUAUGAAUUUGUUCCAUGGAAUGCUAGCGUUAGUUGGGAAAUUGCUCAAUGGGGUAAAUGGCAUAUAUUUGGGGAGAAUGAGACACAUACAGUAGAACUGGAAGCAACGGCGGAAGAUCCUGGUACCACAUUGCGCGCUCCCACAGAUGAGAUGGGUCUCGCUCCUGCAUGUAGAGACACGUGUUUCGGUGAUCUAAGGCUGCGGUUAUGGGAACGGAAGAGUAAUGGAAGUAAAGGAAAGGUUAUUUUGGAUGUUACAAGCAAUAUGGCAGGUCUAGAAGUUGGGGGAGGACCAUGGUUCAACACAUGGAAGGGAAAAGCACAGAUGCCAGAAAUUGUUACUCGAGCUAUUAACGUUCCUGUGGAUUUGGAUAGCAUAUUCGGCUUGACUCCAUUUCUCAAACCUCCUGGCCUGUAAGCAACGCAAAAGGCUAUAGUUUGUUCUUGAAUACAUUUUGUAAGUAGCAUCAUCUUUCCUUUUGACAUCUCUCAAGUGGCACCUAACAGUAUUUCGUGUGAUGUUAUGUUAUUGACCAAAAUUAGAGGAAAAGAAUUUGCGGUUGUAGGUGAUUUUAUUUAUAUAUCGUGGUAAAACAUAUUGUUACCAAGGUAA